GUGUGUGUGUGUGUGUGUGUGUGUGUGUGUGUGUGUGUGUGUGUGUGUGUACGCGGGCGUAUGUGUCACCUCUUCUUUGACUUCCUAUCCAACCACAGGGGCAACCUCGUUUGAGAUUCAUUGAACAGUGGUUUCAGUUCAGCAGCCGUCAGUCCCACACAGAAGAAAGGAGCGAAAAGCAAGACAGAAUCAAAGGACAAGUGCAGCAGAGGAAACACACACAGUGUUCAUGCAUGUUGCAGAGUCGUCAACUGAAGUGACAACAGUUUCUGAACAUUUCUCCACUCUGAAGUGACAAGGCCAGAUAAGCAGGAAUAAUGGCAGGCAGUGCCUUUGAGAAGGAGUUCCUGGAAGCCCAUAACACAUACCGUCAGCGACAUGGAGCUUCUCCUCUGACCUUGAACAAAGAGCUGUCAAGGUCAGCUCAGAAGUGGGCAGAGUAUCUGCUGGCCAGCAAGACGAUGCAGCACAGUCAGGCAGACUACGGGGAGAACCUCUACUACGCUUGGAGCUCUGCACCCAAACAACUCAAAGGGAAAGAGGCAGUUGAUAGCUGGUACAAUGAGAUUAAAGAUUACAGUUUCAGCAGACCUGGAUUUCAGUCCAACACAGGACACUUCACCCAAGUGGUUUGGAAGGGAUCGGAAAAGUUGGGAGUGGGCCUUGCCACUGACGGGAAUACCGUUUUCGUGGUUGGCCAGUACCUUCCAGCUGGGAACAUCAGUAAUCCAGGGUACUUUCAGAAGAACGUCUUGCCGGCAGGCUCCUCUGUGGCAGCGCAUUCUGAUGCAGUUGCUGGAUCUGGAGGGAAUGAUCGGGGUAGUUUACCCUCAAGGCAAUCAGGGAGUGACAACAACUCAAGCAGCCUCACAGGCAGCACCUUUGACAAGGAGACCCUGGAAGCCCAUAACACAUACCGUCAGCGACAUGGAGCCUCUCCUCUGACCUUGAACAAAGAGCUGUCAAGGUCAGCUCAGAAGUGGGCCGAGUAUCUGCUGGCCAGCAAUAAGAUGCAGCACAGUCAGGCAGACUACGGGGAGAACCUGUACUACACUUGGAGCUCUGCACCCAAACAACUCGAAGGGAAAGAGGCAGUGGAUAACUGGUACAAUGAAAUAAAAGAUUACAGUUUCAGCAGACCUGGAUUCCAGUCCAAGACAGGACACUUCACCCAAGUGGUUUGGAAGGGAUCUGAAAAGCUGGGAGUGGGCCUUGCCACUGAUGGAAAGACUUCGUACGUGGUUUGCCAGUACCUUCCAGCUGGGAACAUCAGUAAUCCAGGGUACUUUCAGAAGAACGUCCUGCCAGCAGGCUCCUCUGUGGCAGCGCUUGCUGAUGCAGGUGCUCGAUCUGGAGGGAAUGAUCGGGGUAGUUUGCCCUCAAAUAAAUCAGGGAGUGACCACAACUCAAGCAGCCUCACAGGCAGCAGCUUUGACAAGGAGACCCUGGAAGCCCAUAACACAUACCGUCAGCAACAUGGAGCCGCUCCUCUGACCUUGAACAGAGAGCUGUCAAGGUCAGCUCAGAAGUGGGCCAAGUAUCUGCUGGCCAGCAACAAGAUGCAGCACAGUCAGGCAGACUACGGGGAGAACCUGUACUACGCUUGGAGCUCUGCACCCAAACAACUCAAAGGAAAAGAGGCAGUGGAUAACUGGUACAAUGAGAUUAAAGAUUACAGUUUCAGCAGACCUGGAUUUCAGUCCAACACAGGACACUUCACCCAAGUGGUUUGGAAGGGAUCUGAAAAACUGGGAGUGGGCCUUGCCACUGACGGAAAAACUUCGUACGUGGUUUGCCAGUACCUUCCAGCUGGGAACAUCAGCAAUCCAGGAUACUUUCAGAAGAAUGUCCUACCAGCAGGCUCCUCUGUGGCAGCGCUUGCUGAUGCAGUUGCUGGAUUUGGACUGAAUGAUCGGGAUAGUUUGCCCUCAAAGAAAUCAGAGAGUGACCACAACUCAAGCAGCCUCACAGGCAGCGCCUUUGACAAGGAGACCCUGGAGGCCCAUAACACAUACCGUCAGCGACAUGGAGCCGCUCCUCUGACCUUGAACAGAGAGCUGUCAAGGUCAGCUCAGAAGUGGGCCAAGUAUCUGCUGGCCAGCAACAAGAUGCAGCACAGUCAGGCAGACUACGGGGAGAACCUGUACUACGCUUGGAGCUCUGCACCCAAACAAGUCAAAGGGAAAGAAGCAGUGGAUAGCUGGUACAAUGAGAUUAAAGAUUAUAGUUUCAGCAGACCUGGAUUUCAGUCCAACACAGGACACUUCACCCAAGUGGUUUGGAAGGGAUCUGAAAAGCUGGGAGUGGGCCUUGCCACUGAUGGAAAGACUACUUUUGUGGUUUGCCAGUACCUUCCAGCUGGGAACAUCAGCAAUCCAGGGUACUUUCAGAAGAACGUCCUGCCAGCAGGCUCCUAGUGCUGCUGCCAGUCUGAUUCAGACAGCUACACCAUUUAAAGGAUGUGUAGAGGACAGUUUCUCAUCAACAACACGUGUCUUUGUCUUUGUGUGAGCUUGACCAUGCCUGGGUAGUAUCUAUGAUAUGCCUUUGGGUAGUUUCACAUGAAAAGAGCAACAGAAUUUUGAAAUGAAAUAGAGUGCCAGCGACUGCAGGUUGGUUGUUAACAUGACUCAUUGAUUAUGUGUUGCAGCUGGGUCAGGAGGGAAUGACCUGUCUAAUACUGUGUCAGCCAAUUUGAGCUGUGUGUUUUAAUUCCUUGGAAAUCGUUUUGAUACUUGUAUCUUGAUACUUGGCAGAAUGCCUACAUGUCAAUAAAGAUCUGAUAACUGUGAGUGAUCUAUCACAGUUCCCUUCUACUGCCA